GAAGGACUGGUUGGCUUUGUGCAUAAUUCCAACCCUUUUGGAGAGCGCCAUUCCCGAAGCACGUUCUUCAGCAACCCCUCUCUCGCACGUUCUUGACCACCCUCCAGCUCCCGCUGUCAUUGAUUUUCCAUUGGCCUUCCCAUCACCAACGGAGCUUGCAAAGCCAUGGGAACCCCACCUACAAAGAUGCAAGAGAAAGGGAACUGCAUUCUACUUCCGAUCUACCUGGUGUGGAUCCGUUUCAAGGUCAAUGGAAAUAGAGCUUUCCAAGCUCACUAAUAAAAAAGCUGAUCAAGCCAAGUUUGACUUAUUACAAGAAAACGGCUCUCAUCCAGACAAUAAAGAAGAAGAAGAAGACGAAAUGCAGGAAGAAGAAAUUCCCAUCCGGAUACCUUUGCUCAGUCCAAACCAUGACGAAACCACAGCUUCUCAGAGUUCCGGACACGAUGCUAUGGAUGAUGGAACUACAUGUACCUCAGUAUCAUCUUCUGACAAUGAUGAUCUGAUCAAGCCAUCAUUGCCACUGGCAGUACUAUUAUCCUACAGCAUUUAUGGCUUCACCAUGUCCCUACCCUCUCUACCCAUGAUGUACAUUCUCAACACUCGAGUUCCACUCCCACUCUCGAUUCUCCCCACGUAUGGCGCCUUGUCAUUUUUGCCCUAUUCCUUCAAGCCACUCUAUGCCUUUUGGUCGUCCACCUAUUUUGCCAGUCAACGCCAGGGACUCUUGUUGGGUUGGGGUCUCUGUGCUCUCACGGCGAUUGGAUGGACAUGGGUGCCGUCCGUGCCAUGGGUCUUUGUGGUGGGAAUCUCCAAUGGAUGUGCCAUGGCAUGGUCCGGAUUUUUGCUGGGAUUGACGUUACUCGACAAUGCCAGAGGCGCAGCACAGCACCAACAACAAUCCACAACAACCAACAACAACAACAACAACCACAACCAUGAUACUACUACUACUACUACUACCUUUGAGGUAUCGGCGUCGGUCUUUCAAAGCCAAGCAGCAACGGCACGAAAUGUGGGAUCACUAUCAGCCAGUAUUGUCACGUGUCUUGUGUUUGGAAUGAAUACUGCUACUCAGGAAGAAUGGAGUGAAUCACUGGUAGAUGGCUUGUUUUGGGCUACAGCCGCGUGCCAUAUUGCAAGCUUCUUCCUAGUAGUGGUCUGUCGGCAAGCCUUUGAGCCAGUUGCCACAAUCGAAACGCCAACAACACCUGUGCCAUCCGCAACAACAACAACCACAGAAACUACUAGAUGGCCAUCCUCCUAUGCAGCAUUGGAAGUUCACCACGGAAAUUAUGACGAAGAAGAACACUCCAAUGCGGAAAGUGACGACGAAGACAACCCUCCAUCUUCCAUGUGCAGCAUCAAUGUCAUUAUCAUUGUGGCACUCCAAUUGUCCAUUCUAUUUCUCGCCAUGAGGCAACAGAUUUUAGAUGGACUUGCAGGACUCAACAGCAUCAUCCUCAUUGCUGUCGGUUUGGUUGUCUUGUUCACCACAAUGACAUUUUGCUGUUAUCGCCACCAUGGGCGGGGCACUGCAACAACAACAAGAACAACACUACAAAACAGGCUUCAUCUGAGUUGGUCCCAUGUGGUGGGUGUCGUCUUGAUCUUGCGACACGCCGUGCCAGAUACUUCGGCUAUUUUGAGUUCCUUCCUGUAUCACUGCUUUCAAACACAACCUGUUUGGUUGCAAGUCUUUUCCUUGGCAGAUACGGGCAUGAUUACGCUGGCGUCAUGGUCCUACCAAAAGUUGUGGGCACCACAGUACAGCCACGGAAGAAAGUUGAUUACUCUCAUGGCCAUGCUGACUGUGGUCAAGCAUUCUCUGCAGAAUAUCUAUCUGUUUGUGGUCCACACGAAUGACUACACAAGCCACUCCAUGUUCCCCUGGAUGGUUCUGGCCAUCAAGUCACUCUCUGCCUUUGUCAUGGAAUGGAGCUUUCUGCCGAGCAUUGUAUUGGCUACUGUAUCCGUAUCAGAAACCAAAGCAACCUGGAUGACAACCUCAGAUGAUGCCGCCACAAAUGAUCAACAAGAAAGGUCAUCCAACUGUCACAAUGAUGAAGAGACAUUGCAUACGACCUCCACAGGACAAGAAGACACCUCACCAAAACUGGCCAUCAAACCGUCUGCCUCUACCAAUGUCAUGUAUGGAAGCCUUGUUUCUUGCAUUGAUUUUGGAGAUCAAAUCGGGGCCAUUUUGGUAACUCCUCUCGUCACUGCUUUGGGCAUUACUCGGGAAAACAACUGGCACAACUUGGAUACCCUGAUUGAAUUGUGCUCGGGCAUUGGUGUCUUGUCGGCAGGGAUAUUCGUGGUCUUGCUUUUCUUCCUCCCUUCUUCUCCAGAUGGCAAGCCACGACAACGACAAGAAUUUUGAAGAACCCUCCACCAUAUUGGGCUCAGUUCAUACAUGUAGAUGGAAUUGAUAAAGUAUAGCUUAAGCCUCCUGGGGAACACCCAUAUAUUAUUAGUUAGACUCUUGCUUGCCUUCAAUAGAAAUAGUAGGUUCAAAGUUGCAGGGUCGAAGGUGCCGGUACCACGCAUGUGUACCAGCCACGAAUUCAAGUUAUCGAGUUCGACGAUCAUUUGGUUGACGAUCGAG